AUGGGCGCAACCCCGUUUCAUCGUUACAUCCUCGAGGUCCGGCUACCAAAGCACUUUGAUAAGCCGACGGACAUGAGGUAUGACAGAACCCAAGACCCGCAGGAGCACCUUACGGCCUUCGAGGCCAGGAUGAACUUGGAGGGAUUGGGAGACGAGGUAAGGUGCCACGCUUUCCCAGUCACUCUGGCGGGACCUGUAAUACGGUGGUUUAACAUCCUCCUGCGGGGCUCGGUGGCCAGGUUUUCGGACAUUAGCCGCGCUUUCCUAGCCCAAUUCACUACCAGAAUUGCAAAGGAAAAGCACCCGAUCAAUUUGCUCGGGGUGACUCAGAGGUCCGGCGAGCCGACCAGAAAAUAUCUAGACCGGUUCAAUGACGAGUGCUUGGAGAUCGAUAGGCUAACCGAUUCGGUAGCUAGUCUGUGCCUGACGAAUGGACUUCUGAACGAGGACUUCAGGAAGCAUCUCACCACGAAGCCGGUGAGGACGAUGCAGGAGAUCCAGAUCGUAUUCAGGGAAUGUAUCAACGAUGAAGAAGUCAGCCAGGACGUGGCUGCCAACAAGCGGCAGCCCUCCUACAAUCAAUCUAGGCAGUACGGUGGCGGAGAAAGACAAAAGGAGCACGCCAGAGACGGCGGUCCGGGCAAGACGUCCAGGUCGUUUUCCCGGGUCGGGAAGUUCACCAAUUAUACCCCUCUCUCCGCCUCCAUCAUAGAAGUUUAUCAGCAGAUAGCCGAGAAGGGAAUUUUGUCGAAGCCCCGACCUCUGAAGGACCGAACCGGAGGGAACAAGAGCCUCUAUUGUGAUUAUCAUAAGGGCUAUGGACAUAAGACACAGGAUUGUUUCGACCUCAAGGAUGCGCUAGAACAAGCGAUCCAGGACGGGAAACUGGCCGAAUUCUCCCAUCUCAUCAGGGAGCCGAGAAGACGAGAUCGCAAUCGCGAGGGAGAGGACAAGACCCGCGCGGUGAAGCGACGUCACGAGACGGAGGACAAUGAACAUGGCCUUACCAUAGUGAACAUGGUAACAGCAAGAGACGCGGCCCCAAGGUCGAAGUCGGCACACAAGAAAGACGCCAAAGUCCUGGCAGUUUCCUCAUCUUCCGCGCGAAGCUCCAAGAGGUUUCCACCCAUCUCGUUCAGUCCAGAAGACCAGUGGUUCGAUGAGGUCGCGGAAAGCCCUCCAAUGGUCAUCACGGCCAGAGUGGGAACCGGCCUCAUCAAGCGGAUCCUCAUAGACAGCGGGGCUGACUCGAAUAUCAUGUUCCGCAAUGUGUUCGAUGCCAUGGGUCUACGGGAUGCCGACUUAAAGACCCACCAGCACGGUGUUGUAGGCUUAGGCGACCACUUCAUCAAACCAAACGGGAUAAUCUCCCUGCCGAUAUCUGCAGGACUUGGACAGGGGCGAAGAUCGGUAAUGGCUGAGUUCGUGGUUCUGCGAGACUCCACGGCCUACAACAUCAUCCUAGGGAGAAAGACCAUCAACGAUCUCAGGGCAGUGAUCUCGGGGCUGAUGAUGGAUCCGUGA